CCUGUUUAAUACAAUUCUAUUUUAACUUCGAGAUUUACGUGGACGCUGUUCCUCUCUCGUAUAGACGGUAGAAAUAAAAAGAUACACAUUUUAGAUUUUCAUUUUUUCGUGGGUGGAAUAGAUAUUGUAAUAAUAUUCAUGGUGCACUCGAUUAUGUUUUAAAAAGGACUGCACUGCAUUGACAUUGAAAUUCCAAUAUCAGUGAAAAUUAAUUUCUUCCUUUGAGUCAACAUAUUGAUAGUUGUCCGAGAAAGAAGGGGAAUAAUCAAUUAUUGUGAGGCAUUAUAUAGACGGACGCAUGUCAUCGAAAGGGAUUUAUUUAACAAGACGUAAACUGCAUUGAUUUUACGCACAGAAUCGAACACGCUCCAAUAUCAAACAAAUGCGUGCUUAACGGGUUGAUUGAUGGAGACAGUUGGACUAGUGUGAAUUAGAGAGAGCAAGUAUUUGUCUCGCUUUAAGUGCUCCACUAUUGGAAUACAGGUCGCUGCAAUACACAAGGACUUGAUGGAUCUAUCGAAGACGAAGCUCUAUCAGGCCAUUAACGACCCGUCGAUGUCGGCCGUGGAGCUAUGGAGAGCCUGUCAACUGUACAUCACGUCCAAGAAGAACGUCAACAUUAUGGACUCGAGUACCGGUCAGACCUUCAUGCACGUGCUUGCCGGGCACGGUGGUCACGUGCUCAACCCUAGCGGAGUGGCGGUAAUCUACCUGAUGGCGGGGCACGGGCUCAAUCUCGAUGCACGAGACAACGUGGGAGACACGUGUCUGCACAAGGCGAUGCGCGUUCCCGACUCGUACCGCAUGGUGGAGGCUCUGAUGAGAUGCGGUGUGGAUCCGCUCAUCCGGAACACGGCUGGACUCACGGCGGAGGAAGUGCUAAUGAAGGAGAUGCCCAGGGAGUGGCGGCACACGGCACACUGGUACCGGAAAUACCACCCAGGUCUCUACCACGCUAUUUCCGGCGGUCACAAGGAGCAGGUGACAAACCUACUGAAGGGCUGGUGUCGGGUGCGAACCACGCGGCCAGACGGCGAGGAGGUGUCGCUCGAACGUCUCGUGCCCACGACCGACGAGAUCCGGGCACUUCUUCAGAAAUAUGAGGCCACUAAUGAGUUUGUCAUAUCCAUGCUAGGAGGAAGACCAUUCGAUUUGAACGAUCCUAUGCUGGCGGAUGUUAAUAAAGACACAUUGGACCACAUGAACGAAGCGGAAGGUCAACCUGUUCACAAACCACGUGUUGUUCCCAAGCCAUUGAUACUGGCAACGUGGGAGUGCCAUCAGGAAGCCUCGGUGGACACCCUGCUGUCAAUCGGUGCAAACACCAGCACGCUGUUCUCUAGGACCGGGAUUCGAACCGAGGCCGAGCCGCUGUUCUUCCAUCUGCUUACAAGCGAUCAAAGACCACCGGAUACCAUCAUCCACAAGGUAUUGAGGCAUUCCGAUAUGUCGGCUCGAAACCAGGAAGGUCAGACCGUGCUAUUUAAGGCCAUAACUCACGACUUUUCCAGUCAAUUUGUGAAGGCGCUCUUUAAAUAUGGCGUCGAUGUGGCAGCGAGAGACAAUAAAGGCAGAACGGCAAGAGAUCUAGCGGAAAGUUUACGGAAAAGUAGAUACUUUACGGAAAUUGACGAACAUCUAAUUGAGAUUGUGAAGGACUGUAAUCUCGAAAGGCUGCAUUAUAUAGUACUUCAGGGAUAUGAUCACAUAUUGGAUAUUACGGACAAUCGAGGGAUAAACAUCACCAAAAUGCUUCACUUACAUUAUACAUUAAAUCCUAACAAAGAGGACAUGCUGAUUUUUAUGGAGAAAAUUCGAGUCAUUCAGCACCACAUUUGUCUAAUGUUACGAGCGACCGACACUGGUGGUACGGACGAGUUGAAGAGUUAUGCGAGUCGAAAAUUCGCCUCCGCCCAGGACAAGUGCGGGCGCUCUAUACUUCACAAGGCAAUAGUGAAUAAGAAGAAAGAUCUCAUUAAAUUUGUUGUUCAGAACUACAGGCAUAUCAUAGACAUGCAGGACAACUUAGGUCGUGUUGCCCUGCACUACGCGUACCUGGUGACGGAGGGAACCAGCCUCGUGAACUACCUGCUGCUGCACGGGGCCAACCCGCAUAUACCGGACUGGGCAGGACGACUCCCGGAAGCGUACCACGUGGAGAGCUGCGGUAAGGACGAGUACAUCCGGUUACAGCGCGCUGUCAAUAGCUUCACCAUGGACGUCUACCUCGCCGAGACGAACUUUCAGCACUCACUAGACAAGUGCAUCAAGCGUGGCGACCUUGCGGGGGUGGAGGAGCUGGUACUCGGCCUCACGGACAAGGGCGACAUCAACCGAUACGCGACCAUCCUGUUUGACUGCGUGGAUACGGGCAGGCAACGGAUUGCUGUGUACCUCAUCCGGCAGGGCAUGCGCACUGACAUCUACAAACAGUACGAGACGUGCAGUUCCCGCAGCUCCGCCUGUUCCACAUACACGUGUGACCACACGCUGACGUCGUUGUUCGCACGUGCCAGACACGUGGGCUGCCACGAGGUGCUCAAGGCCAUCAACGAAAUGAGCGCCGAAAAGGAUGCGGAGGUAGACGGUCGGCCCAGCAUCAAGGGGCCCUCCACUCUCGACCAGUUCUCCCUUCUCGGCAUGGUGUAACAUCCGGUGUUGCCCGCGCAGUCGGAUGCCAUCAAUGUACACGCAGCAGCGGUGUGGUCGGAGAUGAACUUGCGCAUAUUUCUUUGCAAGCAGCAACCGUAUACAACUCGUGUGCUAUUUCAUUCCAAUAGAUAAUUCUUACAAUACAACCAAAUGUGUUCGCAACAGUCCACAAAGUGUGGUGGUAGAAUAUUUGAGCCGCGUCAUGUGAAUAGGGGUCUUAUGUCAUAUGCGGUCAGCAUUGCUCCAGACAUCGUGCAAUCCGGUUAAGAAGUUACGGUGUCCGCAAUGAAGUCAAUGAGGAUUUCAUGGUCUAAAAUGCAGACAGGCUAGCUCCAGACCACACAGCGUGAUUGCGCAUCCAGUCGAUAUCAUUACUAAUAUAAAACUAGUACACACAGCUACUGACUUUACUAAUUGCUCAUAAGACGUACGUGUAUAUGCAUGAUUUUGUGCUGGUUAACAACUGCCUCAUUGCGUAUUUAAUAAUGUAUUAUAUUCACAUAAACAAAAAUGUAAACUAUAAUAAACUAUAUUUAUGAUAUCUGUGUUAGAAUAUUCACUAAAUUGUAAUCAGUUGUAUGAAGAUCUUAACUUCAAACUGUAUUUGCCUCCGACAGUAUUACUGUGAGGCAUUACACGUCUGUGCUACUGAGAGCCUAGGCUUACUUCAGAUCAAAAUUCUAUUAAUUUGCAGGCGGGUCACGGGAACAAUAUUAGCACAUUUGCUACUACAUGGAGGCACCACAGUGUGUGUGUGUGUAUGUGUGUAUGCAUUUAUCUCUUUAGAAAGGGAUACUUAAUACGAUCUUGUUUGAGAAUGAGUUAGUGCCGGUAU